UAUCUUAGUUAGCAAGACAAUAAGUUUGGGGUUAUACUCCCUAGCAGUUUAUUUAGUAUAUUUUCACUUGAACUCCCUUUUGUGUCAUCCAGAAAUACAAAUUAAUGUGGUGGUCUGAAAGGGGACAAAAGUCCCAGGACCUAAAAAUGUGUCAACUAUGUAUGUUUCCCAGUCUUUCUUUCUCUGAUGGCAGUGGACAGGAGUACUUCAGCUGGGCUGUGUGCUCCUAACCAGCAAUUGCAGAAACGUGGGAAAAGGAAGCAUCCUGUCAAUUGGUAAGCCACCAGCUGCCAUCAUGCCCAAGAGAAAGGUCAAAGGAGAUGCUAAAGGUGAUAAAGUCAAGGUGAAGGAUGAGCCACAGAGGAGAUCAGCAAGGUUGUCUGCUAAGCCUGCCCCUCCCAAACCAGAGCCCAGGCCUAAAAAGGCUCCUGCAAAGAAAGGAGAAAAGCUGCCUAAAGGGAGAAAGGGAAAAGCAGAUGCUGGCAAAGAUGGGAACAACCCUGCAAAAACCCAAGAGGCGUCCACAGUCCAGUCACAGAAAGCAGAAGGCACUGGGGAUGCCAAGUGAAGUGUAUAUUUUUGAUAGCUUUGUACUUAGUAACUCUACCAUUGAAAUACUGUUGUCAUUUAAAAAAAAGUUUUAUAAAAAAGUUAAAUUUUGGGUUUUUUUCAAAUUUAUGUUAUUAGUACACAGAACACUUUGUUGUUGUCUUUUGUGGAAAGGGAAAACACCACUAAUAAAGUGUGUCUCAGAAGCUGAA